AAUUGAGAGCAAACGGGCGGCGCGGGGACAGACCGCGCGAAUAAGAUAGCUUCAUCCAACUAAUCUAUUAGAUCAAGUUCAAUAAUAAUGUUUAUUUUAAACAUAAGCAAAAUGUUAUAAAAAAAGAUCAGUUGGAACGAUGCUGUGAGUGUGAGAGCGUUGAUUUUUGGCGCGAAAAAUGUGAUUGCGACGAGUUUCUUUUUGGACCUUAAAAUGUUUUUGUUCUGUUUAUUUGUUCUUGUGUUCAGCGGCGCUAGAAGCGAGGAGGGGGAUCUGGGAUACAACCUCAAUAUUGGAUAUGCCAUUGAUCUUUUUGCCAACUACGGAGACCUAGGCCAGGUGACUCGGGUGGUGUCAUCAGACUACGAGGACAGGGACGAUGGCAACGACGGCCCGGCUGAGCCCUUCAACGAGAAGAACAUUCGCAUUUUUGCCAACGCUACCAGUUCAGAGACCAUCAGCAACGUUAUUGACGACAACAUGAGCUUGCUGUUCUGUGACACGUUUGAGGAGCUGUUGGAGUAUUAUUUUAAAGACUUCAGUAUUGAGGGUUUAUCUCAACCAUGGAAAGCCUUUAUGGGCGAUUGGAUACCGGAGGAAAUAAUGAGGACACUAGGCAUAGAGUACAAUCCGGCUUCAGAGAACUGCUGCUUUGUGCUAGCCAAGCUGUCAAAAUCCCACCGGACUGUCAAAAUGAACAAUUUGACAGGCCAAGUAGCUGUCAAGGAGUAUGUGAAGCGAGCGAUCAACGAUCUGGAUUAUAAUGACGACGCCAAAAUGAGAAGGUUUAUGGAGAACUAUGGGACGCAUUACAUAAAUUCGUAUGUCACCGGGAAUUUUAUUUAUCAGGUGUUUAAAUACAAAAGAGUGGGAUACAACCUGUUGAAAGCCUACAUGAGGAAAGGUCGCAGCAAGACUCAGCCGGAUAAUCUGAGAUUUUACUUCUCAUCCUAUUUCCUGCAAAAUGUCGGAGAUAUUCGGAUAGCAAGCGGCAACAAAACAAUAGAAGCCUGGGCUCGUCACAACCUACGCGACAGCCAAUACCUGUAUUCACGUCCAAGCCUCAUGCGACUGUACUACAACCACGUGCUUGUCUACAAACUCAACCAACUGUUGGACAACGGCGCGCUACUAGCCAUGAAUCUAAAGACUUUGAAGCCAAUAUUCCAGGACAGAAGGAAAGGGGACAAAUUCGAGGAGAUUAUUGAAAAUGAUCUGCUUCUGUGGGAGGUUAAUGCGUAGAUAUGUAAGUGCUGCUGUAAUUUAUCUCAGAUGGUGAUAAAGAGGAAAGUGUUUUACUUAUUGGUAUUGUUCAACUUAAGCUACUACUAUUUGAUACAAGAUGGCGUUGAAAACUUUAUACAUGAUGUAUCCACAAAUGCAUUUAAAAUAUGGUGGCCAUCAGAAAUUGCUAAACGAUGUCAAGACACUGUCAAACACAUUAUAAAUAUAGUCAAAUUCUGUAAAAAAAACUGUUAUUAACUUAUUAUAUUAAAUAAAUGUUGACUAACCCCCUUAUUCACAUAAAAGUUAUAGCACGUUUUAGCCAUUGAACUGUUUUGUCCCUUUUUGUCGAAGAACAAUUUAUUCUUUGACUGCGAGCGACAAAACAGUUCAGGAUAAGGGGGUAAGUAAAGUAUCUAGUUAAGUUUUUUUUAUUAAUUCACGGUUAAUGUAAUAAAUAAUAAAUACGUUGUUUGAGUAUA